GCGGGGUUUCCGCUUCCGGCGGCGGAUUGUUGACGCCCGCCGCUGCUGUGGUAGCGACCCUACGGUUGUGGUGGAGGGGCGGCUGGGGCCGGGCCGCCGCGCCGUGACGGGCUCUGCGGAGGGGGCCGCCGAGGCGACGAUGGCCGACGGGCCCGAGGAAGCCCGCAGCCCGUGCGGACAGGACGGCGGCGGAGGCGACCGCGAGCCGGUCCCCUCCGGGCGAGGCCCUCCAGCCGCCGCUCCGGCUCCGCAGACCCCGGACCGGGCCCUCGCGGCCGCCGCCCCCGCCGGCGAGGAGCCCCGGAAGUGCAGGGAGGCCGGUGCGCAGGAGCCGGCUGGCCGCGAGGGUCCCGACCGGCAGCGGCUGAGCGCGGGCGCGCAGGUGCAGGCGGCGGGCCGGCCGGCUCCCGGCAGCAGGGCAGGAACCGCGGCCCCGGCGCGGACGGCCAGCGACCCCGGGCGCCAGGCGGGCAGAGAGUAUGUUAUUCCAUCCUUGGCACACAGAUUUAUGGCAGAGAUGGUGGAUUUCUUUAUUCUCUUCUUUAUAAAAGCAACCAUUGUCUUGAGCAUCAUGCAUCUCAGUGGAAUAAAGGACAUCUCUAAGUUUGCCAUGCACUACAUAAUAGAAGAGAUAGAUGAAGACACAUCAAUGGAAGACUUGCAGAAAAUGAUGAUUGUGGCACUCAUCUACAGAUUGUUAGUUUGUUUCUAUGAGAUAAUUUGCAUUUGGGGAGCAGGGGGAGCUACCCCAGGAAAGUUCCUGCUAGGGCUCCGAGUUGUGACAUGUGAUACAUCGGUACUUAUUGCUCCAAGUCGAGUUUUAGUGAUUCCUUCCUCAAAUGUUAGCAUUACAACGUCCACCAUACGAGCUUUGAUCAAGAAUUUUUCUAUUGCUUCUUUUUUCCCUGCUUUCAUCACGCUGCUGUUUUUUCAGCAUAAUCGAACAGCCUAUGACAUCGUAGCAGGAACCAUUGUGGUAAAAAGAAAUGGGAUCAGAUGAUGUUCCCAAAGCCCUGAAUGACAAGACUAAAUUAUGUAUCAAGGCCACCAACCAAUAUCCCUGACUUACGUUAAUUGAUGAUUUAAAAAUGAAAGCAGUCACUUGCACAUGAUGCAGAGGACUGUUAUGAAAGUGUUGAUUAUACCUGAAUGCCAAAGAACUUUUCCAGAAGAAAAAAAAUCUGUUAAAUUCAAGUGUUAAAAAGUAUUUUUAGGUCAAAAAGGCAAAUGGUUUCAGAAUCAGUAGACAUAUACUUUGACAUCAAAGUUACCAAAAUUUGCUGAAAGCAUUUUCAACUUUAUAAAUCUCCAAAUGAAACUUAAAAAAAUUUUUUUAGCUUAUCCCAGAGUGAUAGAAAAUGCCUAAUUGUGUUUUGUAAACACCUACAAAACUUGUCUAUAAUUCUUGGGGAAGUUGCCUUUGCUUUCUUUGGGCAGUGAGAAAGAGCGUCGAUUGGACAGUCCAUUUCCUCCAUGUCAGGUGUUGAAUCAGCAUCCUGGUAAAGGAGCUAAUGAGGAAGCCUAGCCGACCCUUUAGGCUUUCCAGAAUGUAAUGGUGUGACUUCACACUUCUGACUGCUUAUGUAUUUGGUGGCAAGCUUUUCAUGAUUGUGAUGAAAAAAGUAUUAAGUCAUAUCAUUGAUAUUUUAAAGAAAAGGUAAGUUAGUGAUGGCCUUCAGUGAGGGGUGGGUGGGGGUGGGGUUGUGAAUGUCAAUGUAAAUUCAGCUUACAAUUCAUGUGCAAGUAUUCUCAGUGCCCUAAAAUCAAACUAUAAAUAACAUGGGGGAAGCAUCCAUCAAACCGUAAAACAAUAUAUUGUGUGUGUAUAUGUGUGUGUGUGUGUGUGUGUGUGUGUGCGCGCGCACACGUACAGCAUGAACAAAGUAUUAGUGCUUUUCAGUGUUCAGAAUAUACAUGUAAAUUCUAUUUAUAUACAGUAAACUCCUAAGUGACUUUAAUAUUUUAUACAGUUCCAUGACUGUCAAAACAACAAGGUAUUUAAUCUUAGUAUUCUGUGGAUUUCUCUGUGAAACACCAGCUUUCCCAUUAUGAAUUGUCCCCUCUAAAGCAAGGCAGAGCAUCAUCUCCAGACAGUAUUCUAGCUUCCUUAAGCUCAUUUGGGGCCUGCUAGGAUGAAAUUUGGGGGAAAUAUUAAAGUAACUUGUAUAUGGCAAUUUUAUUUCACUGUUGGAGCACAGUGGGAUUGACAUUGUGUGCUUUUCUUGUGCUCUAGUUAAGCUGUAUUGAAAUGUACCUGCACUGUAGUUUCUGAGUCGAUUUUUCCCAAGAAACACUAUAAAUUGUAUUGCAGUUCAAAAGUAGACUGUGUUUUAAAUAGUAAAUGUAAGCCAUGUCUGUUGUCACUAUAUCAAUUUUAAAGUGGGGUUUUUUCUUUGAAAAUUUUAAACUGUGAAAAUUCAUUUAAUGUCUACAGACACUAAAUUUCAUUACACAUACCUAUGUAAGAUUUCAUAAACCAUGUUUUUCAGAAUAAUUUUAUUUAAAUUAAAUCCAGUUUCACAGAUUACUAAGUAGAUCAUUUACUUGUAGUCCCUGGAAGAUUUUAUGGCUCUUCACAGUAAGAGAAAGGAGGGAAAUUUUUGUCAGAUAAAACUCGGCUUUGGUGUAUGCACUCCUUCCAACUAGGGAACUUGGAUUGAAAUGUGCUUGACUCACACAGCUCUUGAUUAUCAGAACUACUCAGAUAAUUCCGUACUUUGAGGAUUUUUUGUUUUUAUGGUGAAACAAGUAGUCCAGUUUGUCAUAAAGUACAGUGAUGUGCUAUAGACAAGUUCUUUGGACUAGUACCUAGGUCCAGCUAUGGAUUCCAGUUGUGCCAUACAGGCCUGUAAGAUAUGUGAGUAUUACUUUGUCUUUACAAUAAAACCUAAUUCCGAGUUCAGCACUUAGAGAAAGAAAUUUUGAUCGUCAGAUUCUCAAAGAUGGAGAAAAGGGAACUGCGCCCUUUUCCUCGUGAGUCUCCUUUUCAGAACAUGACUGUAUUCACUUAAAGCAAUACUGAUUUCCUGUGCUGGAGUGCAGUUCUCAGUUUGAAAAUGUAUCCUAAAAAGGCAAAAGAUAGAUUCGUAGUAUAUACACUUUAAUUAGUAACAAAAAUUAAAACUCAAGCCUUGUGUUUUCAACAAGCACACCCAGGUUAAAAACUGUAGGAUUGAAUUGGAAAAAUCAUGAAGUCUUGUUGCUGUAUUACCAUUCAGUUAUAAACUGGCAGUACCCAUCACUGAGAGCAUUCUUGGAGUGGCUAAGAGACCUCAGAAGUCAGAGUGCCAAUGCAUGCUGGAGUCAGAAGCAAGUUCUAGCAGUCAUGGAGAGUGGUAGCCUUGCUGGUAGGGCUUGCUCAGUGACUUGACAGUGCUCAAUAAAGCAUCACCCACACUGCUUCUUCCAGCACCUGAGUGAGGCUGAGAAGACAUCCUAGUUGAGUCUUCAGAAGGCCUUGAUGGAUUUGAGAGUUGUAACUCAUGUUCUAAAAGAUUGUUCCCUGCAAUGAUUUGAGUUCCACUUAUACCUGACUUGCUGGAAGAAAGUUAAAAGAUUCCAUUUAUUACUUGGAAAUAAAGGGCUUGGGAGGUGGGGUGCAGGAAGCUAAUGUUUCUUCAAGGAAUAUGCCUAGAUAACAUUCUUAAAUGCUGACAAGGACCCUUUCAGUUCCGUAUCAUCUCCAUCCCCAAGUCUGUACUGCAUGCUAGAAGGUCCUCCAUUCAACUGGUAUGCACAUCUUUCCUUAUAGUCCAUCACGUAAUAGGGCUUGGCCUGCAAACUGUAUCUAAUGGCCCACCCAAAAAUAAAACAGCUCUUUAAAAUUUGUGUGUCACGAGUUUCUAUUUUUUGUCUCAAUAAAUACUUAAGUCAACAGUUA